GAGCCUGGCCUGCAGGUUGGUGAAGAGCAGGUUGUCCAUGUCGGGGAUGCCGCUGGCUUGGGGGAUGGCCGUCCGGCAGAUGGGACACUGCCCCACGGGCUUCAUCUCGCUCAGGCAACCCAGGCACAAGGUGUGGAGGCAGGGCCUUUUCCGGAAAAGCUCCCGGAGCCAGCGAUGAUCCGUGAUCCCGUUCGGUGCCGUCAGCAGCCACAUGACGCCGGGCGGACCAGGAAACGCCAGCAGCUCCCUCCCUUCCACCCGCAGCAUCCCCUCCCCACGCCAAGGGGGGAGGAUUUUUGGGGGGGGAAACCUUGGGGACCACCCUGAGGUCAUCCCUCAUCUCCAAGGGGACGUGUGGCCGCGGGGCUGACGGCUUUUUGGCAUCUCCCGGCUCCUUGCCCCGGAGGGUCGCCGGGAGGAUGUGAAGCCCCCACCCGCCCCGAAUCCCCUCCAACCUGGGGGGUGAGGAAAGCCCCCCCUUUCCUCCUGAGGGGUUUGAAUUUCUUCUGGUGAGCAUCCUGUGUGACAACGGCGGGGCUUGUCAGCUCUUCUCCGGCGUCUCUCCUCCGGUUGCACCUUCAGGGAGAGGGAGGUUGGAUCUGGCCGGGGAGAGGCAGAAGCCAUGCCAGCCACGGGGGGGGUGGCCAUGGCCAUCAAAAGCCGGGCUUAGAGGGCUCCAAAACACCAGGAGUGGUGGUCCCCUGCCAGGGGGCACCAGCCAGGCACCAGCACCAUGUUCAGCCGGUCAGGAUAUCAAGCCCUUCCCUUGGGAGACUUUGACCGCUUCCAGCAGUCCAGCAUCGGGCUCUACGCUGCCCAGAAGGGCUUCUUCUCCUUCGGAUCCAAGGAAGAUCCUCUAGGACCAGCUGGGAAUACCACAGACUCCUCCCAGGGUUGGUUGUCCUGGAUCUGCCAUGGGAUUAUCACCUCCUUGGUCUUCUUGUUGAUGGUUGUCACCUUCCCCAUCUCGGGAUGGUUUGCCUUGAAGAUCGUGCCCACCUACGAGCGAAUGAUCAUCUUCCGCCUGGGUCGCAUCCGGGCACCACAAGGACCUGGCAUGGUCCUGCUGCUGCCCUUCAUCGAUCACUGGCAGCGCGUGGACCUGAGGACCAGGGCCUUCAACGUGCCCCCCUGCAAGCUGACCUCCAAGGACGGGGCGGUCAUCUCCAUGGGUGCUGAUGUCCAAUUCCGGGUGUGGGAUCCCGUGUUGUCCGUCAUGAUGGUGAAGGACCUCAUCGCGGCCACCCGGAUGACGGCGCAGAACGCCAUGACCAAGACCUUGGGGAAGAAGAGCCUCCGUGAGAUCCAGGUGGAGAAGCUGAGGAUCGGGGAGCAGAUGCUGCUGGAGAUUAACGACAUGACCAAGUCCUGGGGCCUGGAGGUGGACAGGGUGGAGCUGAGCAUGGAAGCUGUGCUGCAGCCACCCCGGGAGAGCCCGGUGGGUCCUCUGGCCACCGUGCCACCCAUGGCUGGGCUGGAGGGGCUGGAUGGCACCAUUCAACAGCUGGCUGCCCACUUCUUCAGCAACACCCUGGCUCUGGCGGGCAGCAAGACCGGCGCUCCAGAGGCAGCAGACAGCGUGGAGAUGGUGAAUGAGGUGGACCCUCCCAACGCUCCCCUCCUCCCCACCGCUGGCAGCACCUGGAGAAAGCCCAGUGCAGAUGAACUGUUUUCAGCAGUAGAGCCCGUCCUCUCCGAGGCCCUGGUCACCCAGGUGGGAGCAUCCUACCAGGUCAACAUCGUCUUGCCCAGCGGCGCCUGGAGCACCUACUUCAUAGACCUCUCCUCAGGCAGCGGACGGGCUGGCCGAGGUGUGCCCGAGGGCAGCCCCGACGUCGUUCUGGAGGUGGCGGAGAAAGACCUGCAGGACCUCUUCUUGGGCGACCUGCGCCCCUUGAGUGCCUACAUGAGUGGGAAGCUGCAGGUGAAGGGUGACCUGCACCUCGCCCUGAAGCUUGAGGAGCUCGUCAAGGCGAUGAAGCAGCAGAGAUAGAGCAUGCGUGUGGGGGGCCUGUCUGUGUGCAUGUGUCUUUGUAGGUGUGCAAAGGACGGGGAGGGGGGGACACACAACUUAUAGGGGUGCUGCGUGGUGGGGGCCUUGCACUGCUGGACCUCCUUCCCCAUGGAGGCUGCAGGAGCUGGGUGAAGACCUGAGCAGGGAAACUGAGGCUGAGCUCCAUUGCCUGUCCUUGUCUUUACCCACCUUGCCCAUCCUUCCUCUACGAUGUUAUGGGAUGGGAAC